UAGUAAGCUACGAGCAGUGUGGAGCCUACACAGGCAAUCGUCACGGCAAUGCAGAUAGUAUUCUAUAAAUGCUAUCCUGUCGAGAUGCCCCAUAAGGUUGCCUCUGUUUUGCGCGAGUGGUUGUCGAUUUGGUUUUAGAUGCUUUACAAUUCCAUUUAAGAAGGCUAUACUAUUUUACUCAUUUUGUAUCUUAAUUUGGAGAUAAAUAAACGCUAAGUUCUUGAAAAGUUCUAGUAAUAUUUGUGUUUAAUAACCACGAAUAGAUUGAGAGGAACGAAAUAUACAAUCAGCCGUUCAAAAUGAAUCCUCAAGUUACUCUUCAUUUGAUUAGAGUCUUGGAAAAAACUGUUUCGCCAG